AUGGCGGAUGAAGCAGUGCUAACUCUCGGUCCAAAAAAUCCGAUGUUGUUGGUGAAACAAAACAAACAUGCAUCGGGAUAUGUUUGGAACCAAACAAGUAAGAAAGUUUUGAAGCUGAGAUUACCCCACAUUCCUUUGAAUGGUGUCCCUCCACAAAUCGAACAAUAUGUUCGAUUGCCUGGAUUUUACGAGGUCGCUCUAUGUGGUUCUCUCAAACAAGACAAAGUGUUGAUAUCAGCACUGGGUGACUGGUCUGAUCUCGUUACUCGUGCGCUAGGAGUCACUCCACCGCGACGUGCUAUUAGAGGAAGUUGUUUAAACUUGAGAUGGUUAAACCAGUGUUUCGAUUUUCAAAACCUAGGUGCACUUGAGCCGGCAGAAGCUGAAUUUGCUGCAAGAGCAUUCAUUUUGCGCUUGAUUGGCACUUUCUUAUUACCCGACCACUCGGGAUCACAUGUGCCUCUAAGAUAUCUACUACUCAUAGAGAAUUUAGCUAUGGCCUCCACGUACAGUUGGGGUUCGGCUGUGCUUGCAACUCUCUAUCAUGAGUUAUGCCAUGCAACCAGUUAUGAACGACAAGAAAUCGGUGGUUGUACUUAUUUGCUCCAAAUCUGGGCUUGGGAAAGGAUUCCAAUGACUGCCCCUGAAACCAUACCGAUAUUGCCACUCGGCUGCCCCCUCGCAGGAAGGUGGGGAAGAAACCCAAAUCGUGUUGACGUUGGUCGUCAAACGAAUCAAAUUGAUUUGUGGCGGAUCAAGCUCGACGAACUGCGAGCUGAAGACUUUGUUUGGAGGCCAUACCUAGAUCAUGUUAUAAAUUCUCUACCGGAACGGUGUCGGCAAAGUAUGCACUUGUGGAGAUCAGUUGUGCCAAUGAUAUGCUACGCCUUUGUUGAGUGGCACCAACCGGAUAGAGCCUUGCAACAGUUUGGCAUGUUUCAGGGGGUACCUGACCCACCAUAUCAAAUUGAUAAACUGCCUGACAUAACUUUGUCAGGGAAGGAAGAGGAAGAUUGGGUUACAGCCAUGAUGCCCUUUAUACAGAUGUGGGGGCAAAGACACCAAAGGACGGUUCAGCAACCCGUGGGUGAACACAUUCAACAUGUGUGGUAUGGACUUUCUGACGUUGGUCGCGGUACGUAUACACCUGAGGAAAUGUAA